CAGACGCCGACGCAGAGGACGUAAUGGCCAAGCCGGCCCCUUGGCCCGAGUCGGGCCCCAUUAUUAGGCCGCAGGAGAAGGCGGAGCUUGGCCCAAUGGAGGUCGGGGAGCUCUGAGGCCUGGGGAUCCUCCUGGUCCGGUCCUUUUCGCGAUGAGUAAACGGAAAGCGCCCCAGGAGACGCUCAACGUGGGCAUCACCGAUUUCCUGACGGAGCUCGCAAACUACGAAAGGAAUGUCAACCGGGCAAUCCACAAAUACAAUGCCUACAGAAAAGCAGCUUCCGUGAUAGCCAAGUACCCAAACAAAAUAAAGAGUGGAGCAGAAGCAAAGAAAUUGGAUGGAGUAGGAGCAAAAAUUGCUGAAAAGAUAGAUGAGUUUUUAUCCACUGGAAAAUUGCGUAAAUUGGAAAAGAUUCGACAAGAUGACACAGGUUCAUCCAUCAAUUUCCUGACGAGAGUUAGUGGCAUCGGUCCAUCCGCCGCCCGGAAGCUCGUCGAUGAGGGAAUUAAGACAUUGGAAGAUCUAAGGAAAAACGACACAGUUGAACAUCAUCAGCGAAUUGGGCUGAAAUAUUUUGAGGACUUUGAGAAAAGAAUCCCCCGGGAAGAGAUGUUACAAAUGCAAGACAUCGUGCUGAAUGAAGUCAAAAAGUUGGAUCCCAAAUACAUUGCUACUGUCUGUGGGAGUUUCAGGCGGGGUGCAGAGUCAAGUGGAGAUAUGGAUAUUCUCCUGACACCAUCCAGCUUCACCUCUGAGUCAGCUAAACAGCCCAAAUUAUUGCAUCAAGUUGUGGAACAAUUACAGAAGGUCCACUUCAUCACAGAUACUCUGUCAAAGGGCGAAACCAAGUUCAUGGGGGUCUGUCAGCUGGCCAGCAAAGAUGAGGAAACGGAUUAUCCAUACAGAAGAAUCGAUAUCAGGCUCAUCCCCAAGGACCAGUAUUACUGUGGUGUUUUGUACUUCACCGGCAGUGAUAUUUUUAAUAAGAAUAUGAGGGCCCAUGCCCUAGAAAAAGGCUUCACGAUCAAUGAAUAUACAAUCCGCCCCAUAGGAGUCACGGGAGUUGCUGGGGAACCCCUCCCAGUAGACAGUGAGAAAGAUAUCUUUGACUACAUUCAGUGGAAAUACCGUGAGCCCAAGGACAGAAGCGAGUGACUUGCUGUCUUGUUUGUGUUAAGACCAGCCUCGGGUUAUUUAUUUCUCAAACUUUCCAUUGUAAAGUCCUUGACUGGGAUUUUUAAACAACGACCUAUUACUUGUUAGGUUCUAUUAUAGUCAUUAAAUCACAGAGUAUCAUCAA